GGCGCAUUUUUAUCCUCAAAUCUAUCAUCAUGCAUGACAAAUGAUUUCACAAAAAUACUACAAAAGAACAAACAGAUCUUCUUAAUUAUAAAAGCAGCUUCGGAGAGAACUUCUCCACAACUCCGAUUUUCUUUCAUCAAAAUUCUUUCACCCUAUCUCCAGUGGUAGCUCUUCCUCAACUCUCCCGUACCUUCUCUCAGCGCUCUAUUAGCCGAUCACUAGUUUAUAGCGAUGAAGGAGAUGGUGGUGCUUUAUCCGGCGAUGGGCACGGGCCACCUGACGCCCGUGGUGGAGUUGGCUAAGCUAUUCCUCCGCGAGGGACUCGCAGUCACCGUUCUCGUCGUCGACCCUCCCUUCAAGGAAGGCUCCUCCGCCCCCUUCAUCGCUGCCACCUCCGCCGCCCACCCAUCCCUCUUCUUCCACCAGGUUCCCCCCAUCUCCCUCCCACCCGACUCUUCCCCGUCUUCCGACCCCGUCAAUCCGUUGUCCCUCAUACUCGACAUCCAACGCCAAGCUACUGCCCACAUCCGCCCCCUCGUUGAAUCUCUCUCCGAGAAGUCCACCGUCCGCGCCGUCGUCGUCGACUUCUUCUGCACCGACGCCCUCGAAGUCGCCAUCGAGCUCGGCCUCCCAUGCUACCUCUUCUUCCCCUCCGCCGCCACCAGCCUCGCUGUCCAAUUAUAUGUACCGACCCUCCACUCCACCACUUCUACCAGCUUCAAAGACCAAGGCGACGCCCCCAUCCACUUCCCCGGCGUCCACCCGAUCCCGGCAUCGCAUAUGCCGGGUCCCCAACAAGACCGCAACGACGACGGCUACAAAGCCCUCCUCGUCCACUUGGGGCGCUUCCCGAGAUUCGACGGGAUUCUGAUCAACAGCUUCGAGUCGCUGGAGCCUCGGGCGGUGAGGGCUCUGAAAGACGGCAUCUGUCUGCCCGACCGUCCGAUGCCUCCCACAUACUGCAUCGGACCGUUGAUUGUCGAAGGGAAAUCAUCGCCAAAGCACGAGUGCAUCACGUGGCUGGACUCGCAGCCUAGGGCGAGCGUGGUGUUCUUGUGUUUUGGGAGCAUGGGCACCUUCUCCGCGGAGCAGCUUAAGGAAACGGCCACCGGAUUAGAGAGAAGCGGUCAGAGGUUCCUGUGGGUGGUGCGGGCCCCACGGAACGAGGACCCGGCGCCCAAGGCUUUCGAGCCACGGUCCGAACCGGAUCUGGAGGCGAUUUUGCCCGUGGGGUUUCUGGACCGGACAAAGGACAGGGGACUGGUGGUCAGGUCAUGGGCUCCACAGGUUGAGGUACUGGCCCACGAGGCGGUGGGUGCAUUCGUGACCCACUGCGGAUGGAACUCGACACUGGAGGGGGUCUGCACCGGCGUGCCGUUGAUCGGUUGGCCUCUGUAUGCGGAGCAGAGGAUGAAUAAAGUGUUGCUGGUGCAGGAUAUAGAUCUGGCGGUGGCGGUGGAGGGAUACGAUAAGGAACUGGUCAGAGCGGAGGAGGUGGAGGCAAAGGUGAGGUGGGUGAUGGAGUCGGAGGGAGGAAGCGAGUUGAGGAAGCGAGCGGCGAUGAUGGCAGAGAAAGCGAAGGAGGCGUGGAAGGAUGGAGGGUCGUCUAAGGUGGCAUGGGUGGAGGUGGUGAAGAUCAUCAAGGGCGGUGGCAACAAAAUACAUGGAUGACUAGAAAUCAUCGCUAAGUCCAAGCAAACCGAGAGCUGCUUUUUAAAUCAUCGCUUUAUCGGCCCUACAUGAUGUAUCCAAUAUAUUACAUUCUUAACUAUGUUAGCUCUAUGCGCCCAUGAUUGCUGUAUGAUACAUGAAUCCAGGAACUUCAUCUACAAUUUAAAUAAAAAUCUGAAAAAAAAA